AUGGCGUCCGGCUCUCCCAUUGAGGCGCCUCUCCCCUACUCCGCCCGCUCCAGUAUGGGCAGCGAGUCGCCCGUCCGGCCCACCGUCCCCAAGCACGUCGCAUUUGAACUCCUCUUCCCCGAAUCCCCCCAGUACAAGGCGCGCCUCCCUUUGCGGGUGCAAAUAUAUCCCCAUGACAGCACAGAGUCCAUCGUGACGACUGUCAAGAACUUCUACGGCCUCUACUCCGGUCCGACCGGCAGCAAAGGCGUCAGUUUCGAGGAUGACCGGGGCAACACCCUGAUCGCACGAUACGAGAACUUCAGCCACAACAUGGUUGUCUACGUCAGGGUCAUUGAAGACUCCCCCCAGCCUGCUGCUCCUUUUGUCGCUGGUGCGUUUCCUCCCGCCUCGCUUGGGGCCCAGCAGCCGUACGGCAAUGGCGACUUCCCAGCCCAUGUCGCACCCCACGUAGAGCCUCACAUUUCUCGCCCGGCUUCGAGGACUUCUCGCAAGCGCAGCCUCUCCCCCAACGACGGCCGGGGACGGCGUAGCACCUCCCUCGGUGCAAAUCCUGCCGCCGGCAAGAAGGGUCGGUCUCGCUCUUCCAAGAACCGCGGCCCCAACUAUGAAAACCACAGCGAUAGCUUGAACGGCUACAGCAGCGGUGACAACGGGCCCGGCUCGGUCUCCAGCAAGGCCCCAGAGCCCAUUGGCAACACAGAUAUCAGCCUGGAAAACAUCGUCGAGGGCGGGCGCCGGAAGCGUGCCAAGUUUGAAAGCUCCGAACUUCCGUUAUUUGCGCCGCCUCAGAUGCCGGCCGCUACUUCUAACCCAUCUGUCUCCCCGGCUCGCCGCAUCGAGCAGCACCGCCCUCCCAUUCCCUUUGCGCAUCCCGGCCAAAACCCCUUUACCAACCCUCGACCCCUCCAGUCUCCCCAGAACUAUGGCAGCGGCUACAGCCACUACACCAUGUUUGCGACACCCGCCACCGACUCGAGACGUCACCGCAAUAGCAUGAGCUAUGUGCCGGGCGGCAUCCUCCCUACCCCCGACCCUACUAUCGGGAGCAACAUGUCCGAGGAAGAUAAAGACGUCGCCCUGCAGCUCAUGAGACUCGGUGACAUGUCCAACAUCUCCCACGGCAGAACGUCUGCCUCUACGUUGGACGACACCUUCAGCGGCAAGGCUGAUAUCGCUUCUUCGACUGGUGCUACCAGCGAUGGCGACAGUGCCAGCGAGGAUGAGCUGCCCCCUCCUCGUCGCCCGAAGCUUGAAACAACAAUCAAUGAAGGCAGGCCGUACCAAACGACUGACAGCCACUUCAUCGCCCCUCGGGAACACGCCGAAGCUAGUGGUGACGACGCCGACUACGAGGACGGUGGUGAGGAUGGUCCUAGAUUGGACGGACAGAAGCCCAAGUCACAGAAGCCGCGCCUGCCCAGCCUGAAGACUGGCAACAGCAAGCCCAAGUCCAAGGUCCCCAAAGCUCCUGGCGCCAAGAUGAAGAAGCCCAACAGUGUUCCCGCGGGGCCGAUGUCGCCUGCGUCGAUUCCCGCGCAGUCGCGCAAGCCAUCCAUCGUCGGUGGUGUGGCCGCGCCUGGCCAAGAGGGCGAGGACGGUCAGCCUGAUCUGUCGACCAAGCCCCGCUGCCAGCGCUGCCGCAAGAGCAAGAAGGGUUGUGAUAGGCAACGGCCAUGCGGUCGCUGCCGGGAUGCUGGCCUCAGUGCAGACCAAUGCAUCAGCGAGGACGAGGGCAACGGCCGCAAGGGACGCUAUGGUCGACACAUGGGUGUCCCUAUCAAGACUACCGAGACUCCGAUCCAACCUACUCUUCUCCCGGCAGCUCCCAUUGCCACCCCUAUGCUCCCCCCUGCUACCGACAAGAACAAGAAACGAAAGCGGUAG